UGCGGCUUGAGGUCUUGCCAACAUCUUUGCGUCAGAUCGACCAAAAAUCGCUUCGAAUGCUUCUGUGCGCAAGGAUACACGCUCAAAGGAGAACGCUGUCAAGUGAGCUCGGAGACGCUGCUGUUAGCGGGCGAUAAAUUGAUCUCGACUGUGAACGGCUCCAACCCCGCCUUCGUUUUGCAUCCAACUAUCGCUUUCAAGCAAUGGAGAAAAAUCGCUAUCGACCACAGAAAUGAUUUGGUCGUCGCCUUCUUCUCAGUGGUUGACACCGUUCAAUCAGAAAUCGUCAUCGGAGAUGAAAAUCUCUACAUUAUUCAGAGGUAG